AUGGAGAGCAAUGACCUCCCUAAUUUGAAAACGCACCGCAAGAGGCUGAAGAAAGACAUCCAAGCAUGGAUUACGGCCUUUGAAGAGCGGGAAGGCCGUCCUCCCGAAGCAAAGGACAAAGAGGAAAUCCGACCAUUGUACCGCGAGUACAGGGAGCUAGAGGCGAAGAUUGCAUCCAUCUCAGCGGCAAGUCCUGGCGAUGGUGCUGCGACUGAAGGCGCGGGAACUACUCGUGUAGAACCUCAAGUACAACCACUGCCGGAUGGAGCUGGUGAUGCGGCGGGAGUAGGUGGUGACAACAUGGAUGUGGCGACAAUCAAGAUUGAGAGAGACGCCAAGAAACGAGACAUCAAGCAGUGGAUUCAGGAUUUCGAGGAGCGAGAGGGGCACACGCCUACAACCAAAGAAAAGGCCCCAAUCAAGAACCUCUACAUCGACUUCAAGGAACUCGAGCGGCGUCUUGCGGCCUGUCCAAGUAUUGGCGGUGGCGACGAAGAUGCAGCUGAUAAUGCCUUGCGCCCUGAAAUGGCGGCCGGUGGUGAUGUCCCAGCUGAUGUGGAGAGUGUCAAGGCUGAAAAGAAGAAAGUCAAACGCGAGAUCCAGACCUGGCUAGACGAGUUUGAGGCCCGGGAGGGGCGCGCAGCUCUCCAAGAAGAUAAGGCGGAGAUCCGGCCUCUAUACAAGCGCCACAAGGAGCUCGAGCGUAAGCUGGACACCACCAACGGUGACCUCGAUCCCACGGCCAUGCUCCUGAGCCCCACAUCGUCGGCGGGAGAGAUACCGGUGACCGUACCACCGUACGAUGGAGACAGCAGAACAGACGAAGAUGCGAAACAAGAUGGCGGCAAGCAAGAUGGGGGCAACGGUAGCGGUCAGUCAGGGGUGGAGGAGGAGAAGGGCUCCUCAUGCGCGGUAACGGCGGAGGGGGGAGAAGUCCCUUUGGUCGGAGAUGGAGAUAAAGGUAUCGACGCCGGCAAAAACGAGGGUACCGGAUACGUUGACGGGAAAGAAGAUAGCCUUGCCCAAACGCCACCCGAGGGUGGCGGGGCAGACGAGGCUUCCUCGCCAAACAUGGAAGCAUUCGGUGAAAUCACACCUCCUCCUAUUAUCACUGACCGCUCCUCUUCUUCAGGUGCCGAUACCAGCACACUGUUGACUUCGGGGGGCGGCGAAGAAAGGGAAAAGGGCGGGGGGAGCGGCGGCGACAAUGGCGAGAGCAACAGCAAGCCGACAACUGCGCAGGAAGCUAGGGUGAGGCGUAUGCGUGCGCGAUUCCUCAACAUGAAGAAUCUUAUCGAAGGCGAUGAGUCGGCUCUUCCCUCUUCUCCAAAGGGGGGAGAGGUACACGAGGAGGAAACUGGUGGUACGCUCACGCCCUCCCCCAAAGGUGCAAAGAACCGAUGGGCGCUUCUGGGAGACGCGGUCGCGCCGAACCGUCUGUCGUCGCGCUCUCCCGCCCGACCAGCUUUGGCCCAAGCCACCGGCAAUACAGACAGCGACAAGGAAAGAGACAAGACCGCCACCACCGUAACGACCUUACAGGCGCAAGGAAACCUCGCAGAUGGUGUCACAAGCGAACAAACCUCGGACGCCGUGUUCGCGCCGCUUGCGGACGACGGGGUGUCGGGAGCGUGGGUUUCCGGCCAGUUGUCGGACCUCCUGCUCUCUGACGCUCCGCCGCCCCCGCCGCCUGCCCCGCCGGGGCUCGAGAGCCUCGAGGCCGAAGCCUCGCGCCUGCGUGGUGCGGUUGAUCCCCCGCCGCCGGGGUACGUGGCGGAGUACCAGAGCGGCGUGCGCGGGGCAGAGCUGGUCGUGGCCAGCGUGGGGGUCGAGGAGGUCCGGGCGCGCGAGCGAGCGCUGGAGCUUGAGCGGCUUGCCAACGCUCGCGAGGAAACAAACAUCUACCGCGCGCGGGAGGCGAACUUGCUGUACCGGGAAGACCGCGCGCGGAGGCGGGUGCUGGCGCUCAAGGAGGAGAUCGAGAGCAAGGUCAACAUCGAGAAGCAGGCGGUCAUCGAGAUCUCGAUCGCGGGGGAGCGGGCCCUAGCCCCGGCGUUCACGAGAGCACGUCGGGGGCUGGAGAGAGCCAUCCGGGCGCAGGCCGGCAGGGUGAGGGAGGUGUUCGGGGAACUCCAGCCGGGGGAGACCCCGGGAGGGAGGAAGUUUCGGGUGGACUGGAAGGGGGUGCCGCAGCCGGUGGAGAUCCGGCUGCACUGCAUCCGUGCCGUGCGGGACAGGCUGCCUCGUGGCUCGUACGUCAUGCUCUCCAGCAUGGCGGAGCGGCUGGGCGGCCGGGUAAUGCGCUGGACGAAAGGGGCCGACUUCGACGACUUCGACGAGGAGGACAGCAUCGACACCGACGGAGGCGACACCCGGCCGGCGGCCACCUUGCCCGUGAAGCACGGCGGCCGGUACUUCGACCGCGAGCUCAGGCUCGACCAGAACGUGUACCAGCUGUGCCCCAGCAAGUCGGAGGUUCGUCCCGGGAACGUCAUGGUAUUCGAGCUGUUCCGUCUGGCCGGGAGUGGCGGUGGCGGCGGUGGCGGAGGCGGCGCGCGAUGCGGCAGCAGCCGGCACAAGGGCGGGGAGCUGGACGAAGACACCGCGGUCGGCUGGUGCGUGCUGCCGCUGGCGGACUCGCGGCUCCGAAUUGUCCGCGGCAGCUUCCGCAUCCCCUUGCUCCGCGGCGAACCUAACCCGAACAUCGACCUGCACGAGGGGCUGGAGAAGCUCAUCGCCGCUGACCUCGAAGCAUGGCUCGGGAACCUGUACCUGGACAUUCGCCACUUGCCGCGGGUGGCGAGGCUGGACGGGCCGGGGCUCGAAGGCGGUAGCGCCAUCGGCGGAGAGGGGUACGACAUCGAGUACGACCACGUGAGGAAAGUGGCACGGCUCGGGAGGGGGCUUUGGGGGAAGCUGAUCCCGUCGGCAGGCCGCUGGGAGCGCUGGAAAGCAAGAAAGGAAACGGGUUCCGAAGCUGGAGAGGCCAAGUCGUUGUUGCCUUUGAUCACAGAACUCGGAGAGAAUACCUCAGGGGGAACAGCAGGGGGGGGGGGCGACACUGAAGACUUAGUGCCGAAGCCCGUGAGCAACGAGGCGGAGGGGAUGGGCGCAUCGACAGACCACGAAGAAGAGAAAGCCAGUACAAAGGGGGAGGAGAUCUCCCCGGGUGAUUCCAAAAAGAUCAAGAAGGUCCCAUGGUUUGGGACGAAAAAAGACAAGAAAAAAUGGAUCGACGACGCGCUUCCUCCACCGGACACAGUCAAGCUCAAGAAGGCUGUCGAAAAACAAUCCAACAAAAGGAGAGGCGACGGUGGCAUAGAGGCCCCCCCGCCCCAGGGCGGCUGGGCCUCCCAUCUCGAGGGUGAAGAAGACGUGGACGACGGCAACGACAACGAGGAGCACGUCAAGAUCGAAGAGACUGUCGACGAGGAGUGCCUGUCCGACGACGACAUGCCCCGCGGGAGCACGUUCCGUUUCACCCCCUCCGGGGAGGCGGCCCUCGCCGUCGACAAGGCCGCCGGCUCCGGAGCGCACACCGGGGGACACGCGAAAGGCGUGGGGCUCAGGAGGAGGGGGGAGGGUGCGAGGUGGGACAGCGCGGCCCUCGGGCUGGGGCACAGGGGCCUGCCGAAGCGCUACAGCGGGGGAAACAACGGCGCGAGAGACUCACACAUGUGGACCCCGCUGACGAACCCCGCGGAGAUGGAGUUCUAUCGGUUCGCGGUUGCCUCCGAUCCCGGUACGGACGCGCCGGCCACUCCAGCACAUAUCAUCGCCCACAAGCUGCGCUAUAUCCAACAGGAGGUCCUGCUAGACCUCCACCCCCGUGGGUGGCGUGUGGUGGAAUACUGGCUGGCCGUCAUGGUGUUCGUCGGAGCGCUCUGGCUGCGUGUCUACAUCCACGCGCUCGGGCAGUGGUUCUUGCUGUACGCGCUGGGGGUGCCGGUGUUUAGUUUCACGCCGAGGCUAUGGGAGUUUGCCAUCAAGUACAUGGACCGCUCAUCGUCUCUUGGUGUGGAGAUUGCCUUUGUGUGGUGGGGGCCGACGUUUGUGAUGCUCUGCUUCGCGGCGGUGGCGGCCCUGGCUCGGCUGUGGGGCUUGGCGGCGUGCGGAGGAAAGGGUGGCGGUGGCGGCGAAGGAGUGCCGGAGGCGUUCUCGAGAUUCGUGGCGGCGUUUGGCGUGGCGGCUGGGCUCGACCCGUACCUUCUGUUCAUCGUGGAUUUCAUGGCCGGGAACCACGACUGCUCCUCCAAGUGCUUUGACUACACUUCACCGACGUGUCGGUGCCACGAGGGCGAUAGCUGGAAGCUGUACGUCAGGUUGGACGCGGAAGAGGGGGCGGGGAUCAGCGGGGCUCUGUUAACCGUGAUGAUCUACGCCUUCGUGUCCGUCACGACGGCGCUCAUCCUCCACCAGUACCUCCUCCACGCGCACAUGAACGGCCGGAUGCUGGACGUCUGGCGGCGCCUCAACGCCGACGAGGACAACUUCUUCAUCCCGCACGACCUCGAGCUCUCGGCGGCCGAGCUGCAGCACGCGUGCGUCCGCGCCAGGAAGUGGAGGGGACCCAACGGCGCCCGCCGCGAGGUCGUGUUCUUCGACUUUCACGUCAGCGAGGAAGAGGACGGGCAAGAAGCGGGCGGGGCGACCCCUCGAAGUGAAACCGGCAGGGGACCGGCAGCAGUGUCUCGAAGGGGGCCGGGGUCGGCCACAGGCCGCGGCCCCAAGUCAGGCGGCGGCAAGACCACCCACGUGGUCAUCUACGACGUGUCCGUGGACUCGAAGAAGUCGCUGCACCGCCAGUUCCUCCAGACUUCCGACGGCACCAUCCUAGAAGUGUUCGGGGAGGCCGGGCGGGAGGUGGGCAUGCAGUUCUCCUCUUCACUCAACGCGCUUCUAAGAGAGGAGAUUGGCGGUGUCGGCGCGGGGUCGAAUGGGGCCGAGAACGAUGAGGGCAUCUUCGCGGGCAUGCUCCCGACGGCGGCGGCUUCGGCGAUUCCGAGCGCGUCAGCGCACGAGGAAAGCGGCGAGAGUACCAGCGCUAUGGUCAUAGCCGAUGCGCCAUGA